AUUAGAACUUAUAUAAACGAGGGAUAAAAGUGGCGGCUCAUCUUCGCUCCUUCCUUCGUUCCUAUUUUCGCAUUCUCAAGCCCUCAUCGCAUCUUUCUCUCCGGGAAUCUCCGUACGGUACGUUUCGAUCAAUGGCUGCGAAUCGCUGGCUGAGGCCCGAGGUUUAUCCACUGUUCGCUGCCACAGGGGUCGCCGUAGGGAUCUGCGGGUUGAGUCUUUUCCGCCAUAUCACCAUCAACCCUGAAGUCAGAGUGACCAAGGAGAACAGAGCUGCUGGAGUAUUGGACAAUCACGCCGAGGGAGAAAAGUACAAAGAGCAUUUCCUGAGGAAAUUCGUCCGCAACAAGGCGCCGGAAAUUAUGCCAGGCAUCAACGCUUUCUUCACGGACCCGAGCAAGAACUGAACUGAUUCGAGUACCGGUUAAGCGCUGAAAAUGCCAGAGAUUGAGACUACAAUUGCUGUUAGUCAUUUGAAAUAAUCUGAGUGUAUGACAAUGUGCACUUAAAUUUGGUUUUCUUUGUGAUGAUUAACUGUCUUUCGAGCAUCGGAUAAGCUGGAUGUUGCCUUCUGUAUACCAAUUGGUUGGAUGAUUUAUAUUGUUUUAGCAUUGGCAAAUUUUUAUA